GCGCUGCCCCCUCGCCAGCCCGGCAGCUCGGAGCCCGCGCCCGCUGCGGUCCGUAACCCGUUCUUUGCACGUGCGGCGCCCCGCGCCGGGUUCGCCGCCGCGAUGAGCGAGCUUAACACCAAAACAUCCCCAGCAACCAACCAGGCACCUGGCUCAGAGGAAAAGGGGAAAGCUGGCAAUGCUAAGAAAGCUGAGGAGGAGGAAGAAAUCGACAUUGAUCUGACAGCACCAGAAACAGAAAAGGCUGCCCUGGCCAUUCAGGGCAAGUUCCGGCGAUUCCAGAAAAGGAAAAAGGACCCCAGCUCCUGAGAAGCCAACUUUGCUCCCCUCUCCCCCAUUCUCCACAGCUCUGACUCCUGUGUACCAUUGUCUCUUUGCCCCUCUAGUCUCUCAUUGAGGCAAGUUGAACCCUCUAUAUUAUGUUCUCUGGCCCCCUCAAGCCAUCACAGUAGCAGAGGCACAAGGAACCUGGGGGAGAUGAAUUCCACUGGCAGCCACCUGCCUAAGGAGGGAACAGUUUCUCCUUGGGAUGGGCUCCUUAUCAGUCCCUAUGUCUGCCCUAUGAGGUUGAACAGCAAGAGACUUUGAGGUUGCGGAGGGACCCCUGACACUGUGGGAAGGGGAAGCCUUCAAGUAAGGUGCUUGGGGUGGGGCCUAUGUACUGUUUGUGGGGGACACCUCCCUUCUCACACCCCCUGUACCACAUCCUCUAACUUCCCUCUUAUGAGCUAGGCCACAGUGGGGACCAGAACCUCCCUUUACCCCUGGGCAAACCUAAAUCAAACAGCUUACACAUUAGUGCAUGCUAAGUAGAUUAGUUCCAAGGAAGGGAGAGACAAAGGAAAGUUUCCUCCAACAUCUAGUCUAGGGUCAUGCGGAGCAGAGGUGGAAGAGGUUCAAGGGGUCACAGACAGAAAAGUGGGAACUUGGGGAGAUUUGGGGAGGAAAGCAGAGUGAAGAGGGGAGGUCUCUGGAGACACAAGUUACUACCAGUGAAAGUGUACAUUAUGACGAUUCUUGGCGCUGCGCUGACCUGCCCGACUCUGACAAAUCCCGCCCCUUGCCCCAGUCUAGCCAUCCUCAAAGACCACACAAACCAAGUGACCCCUGUGCCCACCUGCCCCUGUGCCCCCACCCCGUGGAGUCAGGGCAGAGAUGAAAUAGAUAUUCUAUGUGGUUUUAGCAUGUUUAAAAAUUAUAAAAAUAAAAAGAGCU